UAACUGUUUAGUGUGCUUACUACUCCUGUAAGGAGUGCAGUCAGUUUCGCAAAGCAUUAGAAUCUCCUUACUUUCCAAGUAAUGCUCUGGAAUAUUCUCCAGGUAUGACUUUUUGUUUUUCCUAUUUUAAAGUGCUGUUCUUUAAAGUGAACUGAUUAUACGUUGCAUAAGCUCUGAAAAGGCCAAAAUAAGUAAGAAAGCCACCUUUAUUUACAGCGGCGAGAAUAGGUAUUAGAUCGCUUCUGGGAAGAAAACGUGAUUAAUGGCCUUUUUCCAGAGGGGCACCGUCGCGGACCUCGCUUCAGCAGAGCGUGAAAUGCACCCCUUCCUGCUGAGGCGGGCCGAAGGCCGGCUUCCCCAGCCUCAGGUGUCCCUGCGGCCGGCCGCUGUCGGCGCACGGCGUCGGGACUUCCUGUCUGGGCGCGGGGCGGAAGGAUCGCGCCGCCAGCCGGGCCGCCGCCGCCCCUGCCGUUAGGUGGUGGGGUUUCUCAGCCCGGCGGCGGGAGGCGGGCCGGCCGCGGCUUCCUGUCGGAGGACGCGCAAGGAUCCGGGCGUCGGAGUGUGCGAGUGCGUGAGUGUGUGUCGCUGCACGGCGCGUGUCCCCGGCCGCGGGUUCCGCCUCCGCCCCCGCCGCCGCUGCUCACGGUGGAAGUCAAUGUGAAGCAGCAGCAGCAGCAGCUCCAGCCCCGGGAUAAACAUGGCGACGUCUCUGCAUGAGGGACCCACGAACCAGCUGGAUCUGCUCAUCCGGGCCGUGGAAGCAUCAGUUCACAGCAGUAAUGUGCACUGUACUGAUAAGACAAUUGAAGCUGCUGAAGCCCUACUUCAUAUGGAGUCUCCUACCUGCUUGAGGGAUGCGAGAAGUCCUGUGGAAGUGUUUGUCCCUCCUUGUGUAUCAACUCCAGAAUUUAUCCAUGCUGCUAUGAGGCCAGACGUCAUUACGGAAACUGUAGUGGAGGUGUCCACGGAAGAGCCAGAGCCCAUGGCUACCUCUCCUAGUCCCGUGUCCCCAGAGAGCCACGAGCCAGUGAAAAAGAAAAAAGGAAAUACAACAUAUUUGUGGGAGUUUCUUUUAGAUCUACUUCAAGAUAAGAAUACUUGUCCUCGGUAUAUUAAAUGGACUCAGAGAGAGAAGGGUAUAUUUAAACUCGUGGAUUCAAAAGCUGUCUCUAAGCUUUGGGGAAAGCAUAAGAACAAACCAGACAUGAACUAUGAAACUAUGGGACGUGCUUUGAGAUACUACUACCAAAGGGGAAUUCUUGCAAAGGUCGAAGGCCAGAGGCUUGUGUACCAGUUCAAGGAUAUGCCUAAAAACAUAGUGGUCAUUGAUGAUGACAAAAAUGAGAGCUGUAAUGAAGAGUUAGCAGCACCUCCUGAUGAGAAGUCUUUAGAACGAGUAUCGCUGUCUGCAGAAAGUCUCCUGAAAGCAGCGGCUUCUGUUCGUGGUGGAAAAAACACAUCUCCUAUCAGUUGUUCCAGAGCAGAGAAAGGUGUGGCCAGAGCUGUGAGUAUCACUUCCCCUGGUCAGGAUGCUUCGCCCAGGUCUCCUACCACGGCACCAGGAGCAGCAGCAGCAGCUCCAAGGACAGUUCGUGUGGCAAUGCAAGUACCUGUUGUAAUGACAUCAUUGGGUCAGAAGAUUUCGACUGUGGCAGUUCAGUCAGUUAACGCAGGUGCACCAUUAAUAACCAGCACUAGUCCAACAACAGCAACCUCUCCAAAGGUGGUCAUUCAGACAAUCCCUACUGUGAUGCCAGCGUCUGCCGAGAGCGGAGACAAAAUCACUAUGCAGCCUGCCAAAAUCAUCACCAUCCCAGCCACACAACUAGCUCAGUGCCAACUGCAGACCAAGUCCAACCUGACUGGGUCAGGAAGCAUUAACAUUGUGGGCACGCCCCUGGCUGUGAGAGCACUUACCCCCGUUUCCAUAGCCCAUGGCACACCUGUCAUGAGACUAUCUGUGCCUGCCCAGCAGGCGUCAGGCCAGACUCCUCCUCGAGUUAUCAGUGCUGUAAUAAAAGGGCCAGAAGUUAAGUCGGAAGCAGUGGUAAAAAAGCAGGAACAUGAAGUUAAAACUUUGCAGCUGGUCGAAGAAAAACCAACGGAUGGAAAUAAGACAGUGACCCACGUGGUAGUUGUCAGUGCGCCUUCGGCUAUUGCGCUGCCUGUCACUAUGAAGACAGAAGGACUGGUGGCCUGUGAGAAGUAACUAGCUGCUGCACCGUGGGUUUCAGACUGUUGGUGGUAGUGCUGACAGAUAUUUGAAAGGGAAGUCAGUCAUCAAAGUCAGAGGAAGACUUUAAAACAUUUCUAAUGCAUAUAAGAAAACAAUCAGACUUACUGGAAACAAAUUUCCUAUCCCAUGUUUCAGUGGGAAAUGAACUACACAUUGAGAUGCUGACAGAAAACUGCCUCUUACAGUAGCAAACAACCCAUCAAUGAGAAGAAGGAUUGAAAGGGACCAAGCCGCUCACUACACUAUCCGGUUACACUAAGACUUGGAACACUAACGUCUGUAAGAGGUUAUACAGUUUUCAGCGGGGAGGGUUGGGAUGGGUGAUCUCAUUGUUACAUAUAGCGAUUUUUGAUGCAUUUUAUAUGCAUACCAGCAAUUAUUACUGUGCUUGCACAGUACUCACUUAACUGGUGCUAUGUGAAGAUUCUGCUAAUAUAGGUAUUCUAGAAUGUGAAUUGAAGAAUGGAUCCAAAACUUCAGAGGAUAGCAAAAAAAAAAAAAGAUCUAGUGCAGUUUUUUUUUUUUUUUUUUUUUUUAAAUACCAUAUAGCUUAAGCUGAUUUAAAACAAAAGGCCUUAGACUAAUUUUUUGGUUUUCUUUUUUUGAAAUAAGCUAAUGGCUUGUUUGUGUAAAGCUUUUUUAUUAAAAGAAAAAUUUUAAAAACCUUGUACCUAGCACAGUAUUGUUAUAGAAUUUACAUGUAACAUUUUAUAUAGUAGUUUGAGUCUGUCGGUUUCUUAAUUGUGGACAAGUUAACAGUUGGCUCUGGCCUUUUGCUGCACCAUGCCUGUGUCAUUCACUUACCGACCGUCUCUGUGGACACAAGUUUCAGUUCUGCUGUCACUUGCAAGUGCAGGCUCAGCGUGAACUUUGUCAUGUAGCUGCAACACCUGGCGCCCCCUUCUCCCUGCUCCCUCCUUCCCUCUCCCCAGCCCCUUUUUGUUCCUUUCUUUCCUAUUUUUGUUUGUUUUUUUUUUUUUAGUUGACGUUUUAAGAGGGAAAGUACCAGUGUUCAGAUUUGAACUAUAAUAGUUUGUAUAUUCAACAUUUGAAGUAUAUUCUAUUUUGUUGUACUCUUGUUUCAAAGUGUAUUCAAGUAGGUUUUCUGAAAUAUAGAAAUGA